AUGGCCAACGUGAACAAUACAUCGACGUCAUCCACAAAGUCUGCACACGACUAUAACACUCAUAAUGUGGAUGAAAAAUCGGUUCUUCCAUUAGAUUAUGAGACAACUCAAGAGGUUCGGCAACGUGUCUUUGAAGAGCAAGCAGAGACGCGAGCUUCUGAACGUCUAAACUCAAAUUUAGCCAGUUUGUGGCGUCGUCAGAAGAACUCCCACAAACCAGAUGACAUAGCUACCCAGCCUUCUGUCUUUGAUGACCCCGACUUGGCAAUUUACUUUCAACCAUCUGAGAAGUAUGAGAACCGACAUCGUUUCGAUCCCAACUUCCGCUGGACCUGGGCAGAAGAGAUCCCUUUAGUCAAGAGAAUUGAUUGGAAAGUAACAGCUUGGUCUUGUAUUGCAUUCUUCGCUCUUGAUCUUGACCGAUCCAACAUCAGCCAGGCCAACUCGGACAAUUUCUUGGACGACUUGGGGUUGGACACAAAUGACUACAACCUUGGUCAGACAGUAUUUCGAGUUACUUUUCUCUUGGCCGAGCUACCCAGUCAGUUAAUAAGUAAGAAGAUUGGACCCGAUCGUUGGAUUCCUGCGCAAAUGAUUCUUUGGAGUCUUGUCAGCGCCUCUCAAUUCUGGCUCAAUGGUAGAUCUUCGUUCCUUGCAACCCGCGCCUUGAUUGGCAUGCUUCAAGGAGGGUUUAUCCCCGACGUCAUCCUGUACAUGUCGUACUUCUUCAAAGGCACCGAGCUUCCCUUUCGCCUAGCACUGUUCUGGAUGGCGAAUCGACUCACCGAUGUCAUUGCACCACUACUGGCCUAUGGACUUCUCCGACUUCGAGGCUACCAAGGUUACGAAGGAUGGCGAUGGCUAUUUCUUUUGGAGGGAAUACUAACAUUAGUCAUUGGCAUAUGGUCUGAUUUUGCCAUGGUGCCAUCUCCUACUCAGACAAAAGCACCAUGGCGGCCUAACGGUUGGUUUACCGAGCAUGAGGAGAAAAUCAUGGUCAAUAGAAUCCUGCGAGAUGACCCCUCGAAAAGCGAUAUGCACAACCGCCAAGCUAUCACCUUGAAAAUGCUUUGGGCGUCGCUUUGUGACUUCGACUUGUGGCCCAUCUAUGCGAUCGGCCUCACCUUCUCGAUUCCCGCCGGCCCCCCCGACCAGUAUCUCACUCUCACCCUAAGACAACUAGGGUUCGACACUUUUGAUACCAACCUGCUUAGCAUUCCUUGCCAAGUUGCCACAACCAUCAAUAUGCUGCUUUUGACAUGGAUCUCGGAAAGAAUCAACCAGCGAGCAUUACUAGGCAUUUUUGUCGAACUUUGGCUACUUCCCUGUGUAAUUGCCCUUGCAGUAAUACCGUCCGACAUAAGCAGAUGGGCUUCGUACGCCUUGGUUACCGUCCUAUUGUCUUAUCCUUCCCCUCAUCCGAUGCAAGUGGGUUGGGCAAGCAGGAACUCCAACACUGUCAGAACGAGGACGGUGUCGGCCGCUCUCUACAACAUGUCGGUUCAGCUUCAGUCCAUCAUUAGCGCUAACAUCUACCGACGAGACGACCGUCCGGAAUAUCGCCGCGGUAACAGGGUGCUGGUCGGGAUUGCCAGUCUCAACAUCGCGAUCUACGUGAGCGCUAAGCUCUAUUAUGUAUGGAGGAACAAACAGCGAGACCGGAUCUGGGAGGCCAUGUCACCAGAGGAGCGUCAACGAUACAUGGACACAACCACGGACAAGGGUAGCAAGAGGCUGGACUUUCGAUUCGCGAGCUGA